AUGAUAGAAGGUACAGUGGAAGAUGAAGAUGAGCGCACAAAAGAUGACGCAACGUUAACCAAUGCUAGGGAGACGAUGAUCAAACUCUUAGAAGGCAUAAAAAGAACAAUGAGCAUUAAUCACGUACAAAGUUUGAAAUCCUCAUUAACCGGAACCGGUUCAUCAUCAAGUGACACCCCAUUGUUAUCCGGUAAACCUCGACUUCCUUCAAUAAUCACGCAACCAAUUGGUAGCGGUGGCGAAGAGCCAAUCUUAAAUUCACCAGAUUCGUUAUAUUGGAGUGGGCGUAAUCAAGAAACAACUGCAGAUAAUUUUAGUUCGGCUGAACAAUUUACAAUAAUGAAUCCUCCACGGGAAGAAAUACCUCCUCAGGAUCAUAUAAUAUAUAUUCAAAGUUUAGGCGGUGCUAAAGCUUGGGAUUGGGAACCUGAUGACUCAUUAUUAAGACAGCAAAUCGUUUCUACAAUGGAUGAGGGUUUCCACUCUAAUGGAAAAAAAUAUAAUGAUGAAUUCGGUGGUCAUGAAUACAAUCAAGCGUGGGGAAAUGUCGGUGACACUAUAGGUUGUGGAUACAAUCCUGAUGCUGGGCAUGUAUUUUUCACCAAAAAUGGACAUUUUCUUGGUAAUGCUUUCAUGGGAAUACGUCAUGUUUGGUUUCCAACUGUCGGAUCAAAUGGACCAUGCACUAUUACAACCAAUUUUGGAGAUUCUGAGAAUGAAUUCAAGUAUGAAAGUGCACGUGGCUAUGGGCCAGGUGGACCUCUGUUGAUAAGUAGUGAGCAACAGGGAUAUCAAUGGCAAACUGGCAAUAAUAGAAGUAGCAGAAUUUUGUAG